AAAUAAUAAUAUAAAUCUUUCUCACAGCGGGCAUGAGCGAGCGAUCACCAGAAAAUGAGACUGCAGCUCCUACUUCAGAGAGUAAACCCACGUUGGACUUCGAGGUGACACGACGGCUGGUGGAGACGAACUUGAGGGACGCUUACUUUUUCUUCUCAAACCAACUAAAACAACUUUACUCUAGCAACACGAAAAUGAAGCCAGAAGACUUCAAGAACCUCCAGAAGGAAGGUGCAGAGCGCAUCAGGAUUCUUCAGUACGACUUACGGAGGCUGGGUCAGGUGGGAGACGAGGAAGGCAGCUGGAGGCAGCGAGAGGCUGAAGAGUUGAGUGAGGAGAUACAACACCGUUUACACCGUCUGCAGCAUCCACCUGACUGUGCCACUGCAAAGAAACUUCUCUGUGAUCUGAACGCGCCAUGUGGUUUUGGCUGCGAGAUACAUCACCUCAUCCACUGCUUCAUGGCAGCCUAUGAGAAAAAUAGAACCCUCAUCCUGAACUCUGGUGGCUGGCGUUACUCCCCCGAGGGCUGGGAAACUGUCUUCCAACCUUUCAGUGAAACAUGCACCAACUUCUCAAUGAAAAAUAUGACUAACUGGCCUGGUACAAAUGACUCACAAACGGUGCGCUUUCCCGAUUUCUACACCAUGAAUCCACCUCCAGUAAACCUGCCAUUAGCCAUUCCACAAGACAUCUCUGAACGGCUGAUUCGUCUUCAUGGCAGUCCGGGCGUCUGGUGGGUGGGUCAGUUUAUCAAAUAUUUCUUCAAAUUACACCCGUACGUGAAAGAGAUGAUCAACAAUACACAGAAAGCUAUUCAGUUUCAACAUCCUAUUGUGGGUGUACACGUCAGACGAACUAAUAAAUACACUGAAGCACGUUUCUAUAACGUUGAUGAUUAUAUGGAACAAGCAGAGGAAUACUUUGCUGGACUCGAGAUCCUCAACCCAAAUAUUACACGAAGGAUCUACUUGGCUUCCGAAGAACCCAAAGUCUACGAGGAAGUCAAACUAAAGUAUCCUCACUACAAGAUUCUCUACCAUCAGAAGAAGAUAGAUGUAGUUCAAAUGAGCACACGACGCUCUCUGACCUCUCUCAGAGAUCUCCUGGUUGAUAUACACUUCUUGACCCAUUCAGACUUCGUCAUUCUCACUUUCUCUUCCAAUUUUGGCAGGUUAGUGUACGAGAUAAUGCAGACGUUACAUCCAGACGCUUCUGAUAAAUUCUACUCUCUAGACACGACUUAUUUUUCAUAUGCACAGCGGCCAAGUUUCCUGAAGUCUCGCUUCCACCACCACGACCGCAGGUGA